AUGCUUAAGGAUAGUACAGGUGGAUACCGAAUUGCCUUUCUCUUCCUCGGAUUCAGUCAGAUGUUGGGAGCUACGAUGGCAUUGCAAGCCAUUGUCUAUCGAAAGCACAACUGCUUCCGCAAGAUCGAGGAAAAUGAUGCUUUCGCAAGGCUGCCCCAUCAACGACCAAGUCAAGAAGGCCUUCUUGCCAAUGUUGCUCAACAGUCAGGAAGCUAUACGGGGGAAUUCGAUGGUGACGAAAAUGAAGAGGUAGAGAUUUUCCCCGAGAAAGUAUAG